GAGGGAGGGGAGAGGGGGUAAACAGAGGGAUAAAAAAAAUUGGUUUUCUUAACCUAUGUACAUUGCAUACUAUAUCGAUUCUCUGUUGAUCAACUUAUUCUUUCUUCUUCUUAUUUUUACCAUCCCUUGUUCUUUUCUUGGUUGGACGUUCUUUCUUUCAAUCGGGCAAUCUCUCUUGUUUUAUUUAUUUUUGUACAUAAUUCAUUUUGCAUUAUAGAUGUUAGCACAAUGUCGGGGUCCGAUCAAAGUUCAAGCAACUCACCUUAUUACAUGACUCGACGGCGGGUUGGGGAUUUCUUAGAAUCCCAGGACCAUAAUGGCAUCAUCGGAGGAGGGUCUGGUGCGUCUGGUGGAGGAGAGAAAAGAAUGAUGAAUAAUAAAUUGACGGAGUUGCUGAAGCGACGUAUGGGGAGAAAGGGCACGUUUGGGGUAUUGUUACUAAUGGCAUUCUUAACAAUGUUGGCGAAAUUCCCCCUCUUGCACACCCUCCAAAACAUGGAAUCAGGUUAUGGAUUCAUCAUGGCCGGUAGCCAACGACUUGAGAUUAAUCUCACGAACGAGACUUCUACAACAGGUAGUGUCGAGAAGUUAGUGAAGACGCCGCAGAAGUUCUUGAUUUCAAACAUAUGGGAGAAACCUAACGGUGAAAACCUCUACAAAUGCAUUAACAGGUCAAAAAAUGACGAGAGGAAUACAGCUACGACCACCAAUGGGUACCUUGAAGUUCACGCUAACGGUGGAUUGAACCAAAUGAAAGCUGGGAUCAGUGAUAUGGUAGCCAUAGCCAAACUAAUGAAUGCCACUUUGGUUCUUCCUUCUCUCGACCACUCUUCUUACUGGACGGAUCCAAGUGGUUUUAAAGACAUUUUCGAUGUCGGCCACUUCGUUGAGGUCCUGAAAGACGAUAUCGAGAUUGUGGAGUCAGUUCCUCGAGAACUCGAUGGGGUAACGCCAUUGGAGAAACCACCAGUUUCGUGGUCCAAGCCUGCGUAUUACAGAAACCAUAUGGCUAGCCUGCUGAGAAAGCAUAAAGUGAUCAGGUUCACUCAUUCUGAUUCUCGACUCGCCAACAAUGGCCUUUCUGCCUCCAUUCAAAGACUCCGUUGUCGCUCCAUGUACGAGGCCCUCAAAUUCAGGGAAGGAAUUGCAGAUCUCGGGAGGAAGCUGGUUGAUAGGAUCCGGGGUAAACAACAACAACGUUUCAUAGCUCUUCACUUGAGGUAGCGUCCACGAAAUCGAGUUGUGAACUACGUUCACUUUUCAAAAGAACAUUUUCACCAUUCAAAAAGUCUUGAGUUAUAAGAAAUUUGUUGCUUUUACCUAAACCAGCUGGAACAAUAAUGGAUGACUUGCAGAUAUGAAAAGGACAUGUUAGCUUUCACUGGAUGCAGUCACAACCUCACAAAAGCAGAGGACGAGGAUCUAUUAGCCAUGAGAUUAAGCACAACCCACUGGAAGCACAAACACAUCAAUGGCACAGCAAAAAGGCUAGAAGGGAAUUGCCCCAUGACACCCAGAGAAGUGGCCGUGUUCCUUGAAGCCUUAGGCUAUCCAUCUGAUACCCAGAUUUACAUAGUUGCAGGGGAGAUCUACGGCCAGAACGGGCUUGAUGCACUCAAGGAGAAGUAUCCGAAUGUGCACACUCAUUUCAGUCUAGCAACAGAAGAGGAGAUGGAGAGCUUUAGGAAUAGACAGAAUCAGCUGGCCGCCAUUGACUACAUCGUUGCCAUCGAGAGCGAUGUUUUUCUGUAUAGCUAUGAUGGUAACAUGGCUAAAGUAGCCACCGGUCACCGGAGAUUUGAAGGGUUUCGGAAGACCAUCAGCCCUUACAAAUACAAAUUUGUGAGAUUGAUCGACAAGCUGGACAAGGGUCUGAUACCAUGGGACGAAUUUGCAAGCAAAGUGCAAGAGUUGCAUAAGAACAGGACUGGGGCUCCGUCGCCCAGACACCCAGGGCGUUCCUCCAAACAUGAGGAGAACUUCUAUGCAAACCCUUUUCCCGGUUGCAUAUGUGAAAGGACACGAGAAAACGAAAAGCUUAAUGACCUAAGAUAGGGGAUGAUAAAAAUUUAAGCUAGCAACAUUUUUUACUUCUUACAUUUGUAGAUUAAGUUAACCAGUAAAGCUAGCACAAAGGUGUUGUUGUAUUGGCGUUUGAUCAAUGAUAAUUGCUCAAAGUAGGAUGAAGUCUUCCAGUAAAAACAACAGUUGCUUUUGGUAUAAACUAAAUCAUGGACACCAACUAAAUGAAUCAAAUGCUUGCCUAAACUACACAAUAAAUGUAAAGUAUUCCAGUUCCCCAUUAACAUUCUACAUGAAUGAAAUCUAAACAUUGGGAGAGUUAAAAUAAUCUUACUCAGCACCUGCAAUUGCUCAAUCUUGAAUCGUUUGGCCAGGAACUUCAGAUGCCAUGAUAGUGACAAAUUGUCGGCAUGGUAUCAUCACAAGUCAGCAAAAACAUGGUAAGUUUUGGAAUCUACAGCUAUAAGCCUCAGAGCAGCAACAAGUGCUGCCAGGGACAUGAACCCAAAGAAGAUCACAUUUAGCCAGUGCCAGAGCUUUUGGAAGGAGCUCAAUUUGCUCCCCUUGGCCACUAGGUACAUGUGGUUUGCCAGAAUGAAUGUUAGGGGAAAGGUGCUGAUUGCCCCUGUGAGGCUCAUGAAAUCUCCUAAGAAUGGCAGAAGUGCUGACACCAAUGUGUUGAGGGUAAGGUAUCCACCUCUCACUCCCAGCCUGAACGUCAAGUUUCGAAUGGCGAAUCGAUUCCCCUUGAUCCCGUACUUGGUGUCCAAGAACUCGUACAUAGGACUCGCGAAUAUGUGUAAAGCGAUGACCGACUGAAAGAAUGCAGCAAUAUUGGCCAUUGCCUUCACCCAAACUGGACCAUUGACGCUGCUAAGCAAAUAGGUUGAUGUGGAUGAACCAUAUGCCCAGUAGCCGAUGAAAGUGACAGCAUACAUGGGUAAAACUCCAGCUGUGAACUGGAAGUAGAGUGCUUUCAUCAUGUUGUUAACUACUGGCUGCUUUAUUGUUGCCUGUAUCUCUGGAAGCAUUCCUGUAUUAAAUGCAAAGACGAGAUUGGCAGAUGCUCCAAUUGUCGUGAAGAUCUUGCUCGUUGUGGUUCCUGGGAUGCUGUAGUCCCUGGCUGGUGUAUUGACCCCAUCUUUGAUCGUGAGGACAAAGGCGAUAAUGAUAUAGAUCAGGCUGAGAAGUGUUGAAACUCCAAGCCAGAGUCUGAGUGCUGACAAAUGAGGAAUUGAAAUGGCAAACAGACCACAUACAAAUCCAGCCAUGCCUAUGAAGUAUGGAAGCUUCAUCGGACCAUCUUGGUCGAAAAGAACAUAGGCAGCCUAAACAAAAAUUCGACAUCGCGCUCAGAUCAAAACAUCCACUAUGGAUUGCCAUAUCUAAAUAAGCUCCACCCCAGUC